CAUCGGCCGAUAAGCCCUCUCAUGUCAUUCCUCCACCAAAAAAUCCAUCAUUAUUUGCUCCUGACAAAUUCACUGUCUCAAUUUAUCAAGAUAAAUUGGGUAGUCCUCGUUAUCUCCAGUACACACCAACAGGCGAUUUACUUGUGACAGGUGAAAACGGCAACAAAAUCACAUUGCUUGCCGAUAGUAAUGGAGAUGGUAUCGUUGACGAAUCAACCGUGUUUGCCGAUCAAUCAAAUGGUUUGAGCAGAUGUUUCGGAAUGGCUUUCAAUAAUGGCUUUUUUUAUUUGGCCAAUGCUGGUGACCUCAGACGAUAUCGAUAUCAAGAUGGGAAGAAAAAAAUUGAAGGUACCGGACAAGUGCUCAUGACAUAUCCGAGUACUCAUCAUUGGACACGAACCGUUAUUAUCCCUCCAUCGAAAGAUAAUCUUUUUGUCUCUGUCGGUUCGGGCAGUAACGUUGAUGUUGAACCAUUACCUCGUGCCUCAAUUCAAUCGGCCAAUUUCGAUGGAUCAGAUAAUCAAACGUACGCCUUCGGUAUGAGAAAUCCUGUAGGUCUCGCAUUUCAUCCGGUUACAAAGGAUUUCUAUGCUGUUGUUCAGGAACGGGAUGAAUUAGGCGAUGACUUAGUACCGGAUUAUUUUACAAAAGUAAAUCAGGGAGAUUUUUAUGGCUGGCCGUUCGCAUACUUGUCGCCAAAAAAUAUUGAUCCUAGACGCACAUUUUCCAACGGGUCAAGUCAACGACCUGAUCUCGUGAACAAGACGAAAACGCCUGAUCUACUGUUUCAGGCUCAUUCCGCUGUGUUGGGAAUGCAAUUUUAUACAGGUCAAAUGUUUCCACAACGUUACCAAAACGGCGCAUUUGCUGCUUUCCAUGGAUCAUGGAACAGAAACGCAGGAACGGGUUAUAAGAUCGUGUUCAUACCAUUCGGUGAGGAUAAUCGUCCAACGGGUUGCUACGAAGAUUUUCUCUACGGUUUUUUGACAAAACCCGAGGUGCCGGAGACAUGGGGGAGACCAGUUGGAGUAUUGGUGGCUAAAGAUGGCAGUCUGUUGUUUACAGAUGAUGGAAAUGGCAGAAUUUAUCGAGUCAAGUACAAUUCAUAG